UUUUGUCCGAAUCUCACCAUGGAGUUGUUCAUCUAGUGCUGCUAUUUUCCUCGCUCGCGAAGCAGCCAGCCGGCAAGUGGCGCUACUUGUGUCGGAAAUUGGAAGCAUUUUUCAAACAAAUGAGUGGGCUCACGGUUUUCCCGACCGGGACGUAAAAUCAACUCACGGUGAUGUAGGAUCAAAGUCUGCGCCACCGGGUUCGGGGACGAUGCCGAUGGCGAAUCGGGGCUGGUAAUGAAUUCAGAUGCGAGGUGACCGGCAUGCCGAAUAUUUCCAAGGCGAACCGGGCAGCUGGGGACUUCUUACUACCAGUCGAAGCCAUCAGACGACGAGACACUCAAGGAAGAUGAGGCUGCCGAGUAGAUAGAAAGAGCUCAAUGGUUCAGGGGCCCACGAUGCCUAACCGACUCGCAGCUGUAUUUCUUCUCCACGUUCUGUACGCGCCCAUUGCCACGGGGUUCGUGCCGGACUUUCUUCACCCCCUGGAGAACGUGACGAUCUCGCAGGGACGGGACGCGACCUUCACCUGUGUGGUUAAUAACCUGGGUGGAAACCGGGUGAGUUCUUCCGCUUCUGCGGGUGGCGAUCACGGUGCAGGCGCCAAGGCCCGGGUGGCGUGGAUAAAGGCCGACACCAAGGCGAUCCUGGCCAUUCACGAACACGUGAUAACGAACAACGAGCGGCUCUCGGUAACCCACAACGACUACAACACCUGGACCCUGAAUAUCCGAGGUGCUCGAAGAGAGGACAGGGGCGUCUACAUGUGUCAGGUCAACACGAACCCGAUGAAGAGUCAGAGCGCCUACCUCGAGGUCGUCAUCCCGCCGGACAUCGUCUACGAGGAGACAAGCGGAGACUUGAUGGUGCCCGAGGGUGGAUCGGCCAAGCUGAUAUGCAAGGCGCGGGGAUACCCGAAGCCCAAGAUCACCUGGAAGCGGGAGGACGAGGCCGAGAUUAUAACGAGGAAUGGUGCUUCGGGGAAAACGCGGAUGCAAUCGGCCGAAGGCGAAGUUCUCACCCUGACCAAGGUGACUCGGAGUGAAAUGGGGGCUUAUCUCUGCAUAGCGGCCAACGGCGUUCCGCCAUCCGUCAGCAAACGCAUCAUGCUGCACGUUCAUUUUCAUCCGAUGGUCCAAGUCCCAAAUCAACUGGUCGGGGCUCCGCCAGGAACUGAUGUCACCCUCUUGUGUCAAGUGGAAGCCUCACCGAAGGCGAUAAACUACUGGACAAGAGAAAGCGGCGAGAUGAUAAUCAGUAACAGCAAAUACACGAUGACGGAGAGUUCGACGUCGGUUUACAGCGUGCUGAUGAGCUUGGUUAUAAGAAAUCUGAACAAGCAGGAUUUAGGCGGUUACAAAUGUAUCUCAAAAAAUUCUAUAGGGGAUGCAGAAAAUAGUAUUCGUCUUUACGACAUGGAGUUGCCGAAGCAUCCUAAAAAGCACGGAGACCGGGGUGGAAUGGAGGACGCCUCGGACCUCAGCAACGAACGGGAUCACAGACUGAAUCACGUCUUCCAGGGUUCCUUGAGGGAAACUGGCUCAACGAUGGAGUCGCCCGAGGACGAGGAUUACACGACGGGGGCAGGAGCCGUGAGAGAAAGGCUGGAAUCCCCAGUAAUCGUCAGCAUUUUAUUAGUGUCCUCGUUACUGUCCUCGAUCCUUAUGUGCCAGCGGGUCUAAUCGAUGUAGCAAAGCAAUCUUUUUCACUCGCUGAAUUUAUUGUCUAGGUAAUAAUCGACGGUUAAAUCAAUUCGCGAAAGGAGAGAAACGGCGAGGAAAAUACUCUUUCCACACAUGGGUAUUGGGGAAAAGUUUUGUUUUCAACGGUUUGUCAUGUUUCAUAUUUAUAACGAUUAAUUGUUGUCUUGUUUGUUUGUAUGUAUAGAUAAGUGUGAAAAGAUUGCUUGUCUGAUUCGUUUUUUUUCUUUUUUUUAUUGGUUUAUUUAUUUAUUUAUUUAUUUUUUUGUUUGUCUUGCAUGCGUAAAAUGCGAUUAUACCGAGGCGAGAAAAUGGAUCUUCUGUGAGAUCGCGGUGUUGACGUAAAAUAAAACCGCGUCGAUCAAUCGAAUCUAUGAGCCUCUUAAGCCUAAUAACUAGUAACUGUUGCUUCCGCUUAAAAUACUGUAAAUAUCUAAUAAUAACAAGAACAACAACAAUAUUAGUAAUAAUGUUAUUCCCAAGGCGCGCUUGCGUAAUGUAAUGUUUGUACGCGGUUGUAAGGAUUAGAAACUUGGGUAUCAGUGUGUUUCGGUUAUUUUCAAUGCGUCAAUUUGAUUAUUUACUAUUUUUCAUAGGAACACCGAAAGACGGAAUAAGUUUAAUGAAUACUGAUACGGGCAAUACCGAUUCGACUUUAUUGGAUUGCACAAAAUUACAGCAAGAGAAGCGAACGAUAAUUUUUUUCUCUCUUUCUCUUUUCCGGAAGAAAAUUAAUCGCAGGACGUUAUUUUUGUUCCCUCCUGACGUUACUUUUCUUUUCUUUUCUUUUUUUCUUUCCUUGGUCCACUUUGAUUUUUAGCCUGUUCCACUUUCAGCCUCUUCUCUUGGGAUAUGAAAAUAAUAGAAUAAAGGUAAAAAAUCGUAACAUCUCACGGCGUAUGCGUGUGAUCGCCAUAGAUGUGCCUAUAACGAGUACCCAAAACGUGCGAGGAUGAAAAGCACAAGAGGGCAAUAGAAGGGAUGAAAGGGAAGGGGCGUUGUGGUUGACAAUAGAAGCUAAGGUGAAAGUGGAUAUAGUUAGAGACGCGGAAGAAUAUAAUGGCGGCCGGACUGCUCAGGUUUGGAGUGUGCUUAACGCAAGAGAAGAGAAAACUGAAAACGGGGAUGAGAGCAUGGCGAAAAGGUUGCGCAGAAGCUGGACUUUUGCUUUUCUCCAAUUUUUUCUACCACAACCAUUCUGUAAAGGCAUCUGGUAAAAUUCCAAAGGAACCGCGAAAAAGCUGCGGAGCAGCUCCUAAUGAUUCUC